GGCCCGGGCCAUGGACUCAAGCUUCAGCGCUGUGACAUACUGCCGAAAGGUUGUAGGGCAAGAGGGUGUCUCCCCCAAACGGCCCGACCCUCCUUCGGCCUCUAAUGGACUAUAAUAGAAUGAAUUCCUUUUUAGAGUACCCACUUUGCAAUCGGGGACCCAGCGCCUACAGCGCCCCAACCUCUUUUCCCCCCAGCUCAGCUCCGGCGGUUGACAGCUACGCAGGGGAGAGCCGCUAUGGUGGAGGGCUGCCCAGCUCAGCGCUCCAACAAAACUCGGGGUAUCCUGUCCAGCAGCCGCCUUCAUCCCUGGGGGUGUCCUUUCCCAGCUCCGCUCCCUCGGGGUACGCCCCAGCCGCCUGCAACCCCAGCUAUGGGCCUUCUCAGUAUUAUUCUAUGGGUCAGUCGGAAGGAGAUGGAGGCUAUUUUCAUCCGUCGAGCUACGGAGCCCAGCUAGGGGGUUUGCCCGACAGCUAUGGAGCGGGUGGAGUCGGCUCAGGGCCAUAUCCUCCACCGCAACCCCCUUACGGAACUGAGCAGACCUCAAACUUUGCAUCAGCCUACGAUCUCCUCUCUGAGGACAAGGAAUCAUCUUGCUCGUCAGAACCCAGCUCUCUCACUGCCCGGACCUUCGACUGGAUGAAGGUCAAGAGAAACCCACCUAAGACAGCAAAGGUGUCCGAGCUGGGACUGGGCACUCCCGGCGGUCUCCGUACAAACUUCACCACACGCCAGCUGACGGAGCUGGAGAAAGAAUUCCAUUUCAACAAAUACCUGAGCCGCGCCCGGAGGGUGGAGAUCGCCGCUACCCUGGAGCUCAAUGAAACGCAGGUGAAGAUCUGGUUCCAGAACCGGCGCAUGAAGCAAAAGAAACGCGAGCGAGAGGGGGGCAGGGUGCCUGCAGGCCCUCCAGGUUGCCCCAAGGAAGCGGCUGGAGAGGCCUCCGACCAGUCUGCGUGCACCUCCCCAGAAGCUUCGCCCAGUUCCAUCACCUCUUAAAUUGAACUUCCUAAGUAACCCGGCUUCACACACUGGACCCAGUCCUCUCCUAGACUCUCCCAACCUUCACAGCCCUGGUGACCCUCCUCAAGGCCGAGGAACAAGUUUAGGAAACUGGGCAGAAGUGGGGAAAUCAAUUUUUUUCCCCUUCAGAUCUAGAAGUGGAGGGAUGAUUGAUGGCUGGGGCGAUCCUACAGGUCUUGGGACCUGGGGAGCACUCAAACCAUCAGAGGUCGAAGGAAGGUCUUUUGGCUUUGAUCUGGAGAUUGCCUCAACACAUCAGAGUAGGAGUCAGCCCGACCUUCUGGCUUCUCCUUUCCCGUCCAAUUCGAGUUCAGUGCCUUUGAGCUUGGAGAGUUCUUCUUUAGCUUCUUACCCCAACUCCUCUUCCUAGGCCCGGGAUAGAAAGAGCCCUUGGGAUUUUCCAGUGGAGGAUGUGUUAGUGUGUAAACACAUCGCCACCAACCCUUAACUGUAAUCCUUAAUCCAGCCAACACACCGCAGACCUUACAAUAGCACCGACUGCCUUGUGACAUGCCAAAAAAAAAAAAAAAAAAAAAACAAAAAAAAAAAACAAACCCCUCUAGUCCCAAGUAAUCCCACAAGCCCUUUCCAGACAUAUUCCUAUUGCACUAAUGUGGCCCUCAGUGGCUGGCUCAGGAGAUCCGCCCCUUCCCACAGGCAUCACUAAAUCACCAAAGUGUUUUGGAACUUGGCACCACAGAGAUUUCCGGAGCAUCAUCCUAAGGACUGCCUCCAGCAAGCCUCAACCACGAAGGGGCGAAUACCCCUCCCCUCUCCCUAUUUAUUACCUCCGGAAAAGCGCCCCCCCCCCCCGCGCGCCCCAUUCUCCUUUCCAUAAAACCACCCUACUCCUGGGGCUGUCUGGGGAGGUCCAGGAAUGGCGACAGAAUUCCCAGCAGCUUCGGACAUUUCUCUGAACCUUGGAGACAGCAGAGAGGCCACUUGAGUUUCUGGAAACCCAAGCUCCAAGCAAGCCAGGUUCUCUUUGUAUCUGUGACUACCUCAUUGCAAUAAAGUCUGUCCUCUCCCCCU